GCGGAGCCCAGCGGCGCUAUGGCUGUGCCGGGCGGAGGUGUGAAGGAGGACUCGUUCAACAUGCUGGACCUGGCGGAGUACACCAAGAACCGGCCCUGGUGGCGCAAGGUCUUUGCCCCCAGCUCGGGGUCGAGUGCCGAGAAAUACAAUGUGGCCACACAGCUGGUGAUCGGAGGGGUAACGGGAUGGUGUACUGGAUUCAUCUUCCAGAAAGUUGGAAAGCUGGCAGCGACAGCGGUGGGAGGUGGCUUUUUCCUACUUCAGAUUGCAAACCACACAGGAUACAUCAAAGUGGACUGGAAGCUAGUAGAACGGGAUGUGAACAAAGCCAAGCAGCAGCUGAAAUUUCACAGCAGUGGUAACAAAAUGUCCCCAGAAGUGAAAAGCAGAGUUGAUGAGGUGAUCAUAUUUCUGAAGAAGAAUGUUAUCCUGACUGGAGGGUUUGCUGGAGGAUUCCUGCUCGGAAUGGCAUCCUAGAAACUGCGCUCGACUCUCCCUUCAUGCUCAGCCUCCCCUGCCCUCCUCUACUGUUGUUCUCUCUCUCUCACUUAAAAGUCAAAGGAUGUUGCUGACAGGCUCAGUUCCUUCUGCUUACAGGUUCCAGCCCUUACUUCUUACAAUGCUGCUUCUGAUUUCCAACUUUUUCCUGUGUCUGGGCUGUUAGGAUGCUGGGAUCAGUCUGAAAGGUUAUAACUCCUGGUGUAUCAUUGUGAUUCCUCUCCCCACCAAAUGUGCCCAGUCCCAAAUUUUCUGAUGAGUUGCAGCCUCAUAAACAUGUAGUGCAGAGAAAUCUCCGAAAUGCGCUUCUUCCCAGGUGCUCAGGGCUGUUAUAUGUACAUUUGUCUGCCAGUAUAUAUGUACAACAGGUGCCAGCUGUUCACUGCUAUUUAGCUUGCACUUUUCCUGCCCCAGUACCUAGAAAGCCUGUGCGUUCGUCUGCACAGAGGUGGUGUGUGCAAUCCAAAAUGUGCUUGGCUGUCCUGGGGUGGAUGCAGAAGUGUCAGGGGACAGCCUGGGCUGUGUCCAGGGCAGGUGAAUAAGGAGCAAGUUCAUGCUAUAUGUGGUGCUGGGGGUUCUCCUGCCCUCCCCCUGCCAUUGCACUGCACAUAGAUGGCUGUUUGGUUUCUCCUCUGCUGUUAUUUAUACCCCUUACUGGAAUUGCAGCACUGGCACUGCUGAUGGAAACUGAGCACCGUGGGUGACUCUCCAGGCCCUUUCCUCAUCAUGUGUUCUGAAAGUCACCAAGCUUCCUGCACUGUAGAGCGUCUUUAGCCUUUAGUCUUGCUUGCUAGCUGACUGCUCAGCCUUUGAAAUGUGCUGAAGCGCUCUCUUGUGGUGGGCAGACUUCCAGCGUGCUUGACCUGUCUGUGUCAGGCUAGCUGGCGCAGGCAGUGUGCAUUUCAGCUGUGCUACUUACUGUAAAUCACCUUGAGCCUCAGACUGUUUUUUCUAGGUCUACCAUGACCUUCUCUGGCCACUUUGGCGUUGGUGAUGCUCUUAGAGCUGUAACUGUGUGGGAUAGGAUUGUAGACGGGAAAUGCAUCCCUGUUUAGGGUACACUGUACUGGUCCAGGGUCCCUGUUGCCAGCUCUGCUGGAGUGGUGGCAGGGGAGGAUGUGAAAUUUGGAGUGCAGUCCUUUACCUGCUCUGCAGAGCACAAACUCCAUCUCCCUGGUCUCUGGAAGCAACUGAAAUGACAAAACUGUUGGGAAAACCAGGUUGUGCUCUUGUGGGAGUGGCUCAUUUCCAUACUUUCUGCUUUGGUUAUGUUCCUUCCUUCUUUGCGUUUACCAUUUCCACAGAAAAAGCUGCUUGUUUAAUUCCAUGAGCUGCAGUCCUUCUCCUGCAGGUGAUGAGGCAGCCCAGAUGCAGAGCUCAGCUGUUUUUGGACAGUCUGUCCUAGUGCAGCUGUGUGCAGAGCAGAACUCUAACCUACAAGAGAAAAUUAAAAAAAAAAAAAAUAAAUAAUUCCUUAGAGGUCAUCUGCAUUGGCUGUGCUGGGCUGGCAUUGCAGCUUUCCAGAGUGUGGGGAAUUGCGUGACGGUGGGGUGAUGUCCUCCAGAAGGUACAUGUAGAAGAUCUUGCCAAAAAUUGUUUUGGUUUUUUUUUUUUUAAUGUGAAAGUCAGCCCAUCCUUCAAAUGGGAAACAUGCUAGGGAAUGAUGAUGCGCAUGGGUGAUAGGAUGUAGCGCAUGGGUGAUAGGAUGUAGCACCUGGCUCAGUGACUGCAUCCUACCUCCAGUGCUGGGUAAUGCCUUUCUGAUCAUCUGCUGCUGCUCUCAGUAUGGCUAGAAAUGGGGAUCUUCCCCCGAGAGCUGCUGGAAGAGCUGGAAUGGUGGGUUCUUCCACCAGAGGUUUUGGGAUGAGCACAUGCAGCUGUUAAUUUUGUUUCAGCUCUCUUGAAGUGUCAGUGUAGCAACACAUUGAUUCAGCUGAGGUUUUCUCACCUUCAGGAUCGGAAAAGAGGCUGCAGGUAAUCGGGAAACAGAAGUUGGUAUCUUUGCUCCUGUCCUGCCAUACAUGGCAAAGGAGAAUGAAGGAGCAGCUGGACUCACAUCCUUUUAAUGAUGGUCUUCCUCAAAGCCAUCCAGGACUGCAGGAGCGAUGUGAUGCAGCAAAUAGAUCUUCAGUAAAUUGGUCUUUGGGAGUGGAGUGACAGUGGUGGUUUUGGGGGUUUGUUUUUGUAGGAACCCUGCAGGGCUGAACAUGCAUGAAUUGAUACAUUUGUAUUGCAGGGUAUCUCUUGUUCCUGCAGGAAAACAGCAUUGCUGCCUCUCUGCUUGGUGUGCUGCAUAACACAACUUCUUCUGAGAUGCACUAAUCUCCACAAAGCUUUCUCCAACGACAAAGCUCAAAGUAAAUAAUAAACAGACCUUAGGGAUGUUUUUCAGGCUCAAAUAAGUCACUGUUUCUGCCCAGCCCCAGGGAAGGGUGUACUGGAUUGUGCUCCACAGGGCCCUGACUUGCUGCUAUGGAGAGAGAUGGCCCAGAGAGGGAGCUAAAACACCUCAAUUGCUGCUGGAAGGGGGAACAAGGGACAAAUUCAUGAGUUUGAUGUGAAU